UGGCCGGUGCGAAGCGGGUGGUGAUCAACAUUCAACAGUACCUCAUCAUCAUAUUUUACUUCAUAGGAUAGAUCAUUUUUAGGUAAAAAUAAUAGUUAAAAACAUGCCAACGGUUCCAGUGGAGCGAGAUCAACUCUUCAAGCUUUUGGGAAAAGAAUAUACUGAUGAAGAAUUUGAUGAACUAUGUUUUGAUUUUGGAAUUGAACUUGAUGAAGUGACAUCAGAGAAGGGAAUUAUCGCUAAAGAACAGGGUGAGGACAAAGCUGAAACUGCUUCAGACAAAGUAAUUUACAAAAUCGAUGUCCCAGCUAAUAGAUAUGAUAUACUGUGUAUUGAAGGACUAUCCAGAAGCUUAUUAGUGUUUUUACAGAAAAUUAAAGCACCAAGAUAUAAUCUCUCAAAACCCGAUGGCCCUUUGCAAAGGCUUGUCAUAUCUAAACAGACUGCCCAGGUGCGUCCAUACUGUGUUGCUGCUGUCCUGAGAGAUAUCACACUUACACAGGAAGCUUACAACAGCUUCAUUGAACUACAAGACAAACUGCAUCAGAACAUUUGCCGUAAACGAUCAUUAGUUGCUAUUGGGACCCAUGACUUGGACACAAUGAAAGGACCUUUUCUGUAUGAUGCAAGAUCACCAGGGGAUAUCAAGUUUGUACCUUUAAACAAGGAGAAAGAAUACACAGCUGUUGAGCUGAUGGAUCUUUACCAGAGUGAUAACCAACUGAAACACUAUCUACAUAUUAUAAAAGAUAAACCAGUGUAUCCGAUCAUUUACGACAGCAACGGUGUUGUUCUUUCAAUGCCACCCAUUAUAAACGGAAAUCAUACCAAGAUAACCUUGAAUACAAAGAAUAUUUUUAUUGAAAGUACGGCCACGGAUCUACGGAAGGCUGAAAUUGUUUUGGAUACUUUAGUUACAAUGUUCAGUGUUUACUGCAGAAAGAAGUUCGUUGUGGAACCGGUAGAAGUUGAACGACCGGAUGGAAGUGUUGUUUUAUACCCUAAACUGAAUUAUAGACAUGAAACUAUCUCGGUUGAGGAAACUAACAUAAAAGUGGGAAUCCAAGAAAGUGCCGAGCGAAUAGCAGAUCUUUUAACGAAGAUGUGUUUGAACAGUGAAGUGAAAGAAAACGGGAAAACUAUUGAUGUGGAAAUACCUCCAACAAGGGCUGAUGUAAUUCAUGCUUGUGAUAUAAUGGAAGAUGUGGCUAUUGCAUAUGGUUACAAUAAUAUAGAAGAAACUAUCCCAAAGUCAAUGACAAUUGCAAAUCAAUUUCCUUUAAACAAGUUAUGUGAUUUAUUGAAAGCCGAAGUUGUUCAAGCUGGUUAUACAGAGGCGUUAACCUUUGCAUUGUGCUCUCGAGAUGACGUUGCAGAUAAACUGAACAAAAGUUUUGAAUCGACAAAAGCAGUAGAAAUAUCGAACCCAAAGACACAGGAAUUCCAAGUUGUUAGGACAACCCUUCUACCCGGAGUUCUGAAGACAAUCAGCGCGAACAGAAAGAUGCCACUACCGUUAAAACUAUUUGAAAUCUCCGAUAUUGUUCUUCAAGAUGGUGGAAAAGAUGUUGGUGCCAGAAAUCAUCGUCGAAUCUGUGCAGUAAAUUACAAUAAAACCCCAGGCUUUGAGGUAGUCCAUGGUCUUCUAGAUAGAAUAAUGCAAUUGUUGGAAGUUAAACCUAGCAAGAAUGAGACAGAAAAAGGUUAUUAUAUCAAGGCAACUGAAGAUUCAGCUUUCUUCCCAGGCCGCUGCGCGGAAGUGCUGUACUCAGGCAAAUCAAUUGGAGUGAUGGGCGUCUUGCAUCCGACAGUACUGAACAAGUUUGAUUUAAAUAACCCAUGCGCUGCACUUGAAAUCGAUUUAGAGCCAUUCCUGUAAUUUAUCUCAGAAUUAUAUUAAUUGAUGUAGAAAUAAUAUUAAUACAAAUAUUGCUGUUUGAACAUAAUCUUAGCAUGGAUAAUAAAUAAAUUUUAUUUCUAAU